AUGCGUGCGCUCCGCCUGCGGACGCGGCGCUGCCCACUGGGCACAUCCCCGCCCGGGCGGGAGCGGGGCGGGGCCGGGGCGGGGCGCAGGCAGCCCGGCCUCCAGCCAGCCGGGUGCCUGUGCUGCGCGGCGGUCCUGGGGGCCCGUCUGGGCCGGAGGGCCGGGCACGAGGCGGGCUGGGAGGCAGGGGCGGCGGCGGGCGCAGGGCCCGCACCCUACAAGCGCGAGAUCCAGUCCACGCUCUGGGAGCGGCGGCCCGAGCGCGCCGGGCAGCUGCAGCGCCUCCUGCGCCAGGACCUGGGCCUCGGGGGGGACCUCUUCACCCAUAUCCUCUACAGAAACGGGACUCUCUUUACCCUGGUGGACCCCAUCUCCCAUGACCUGCUGGUCAACCUGGCUCAGGCGCUGCAGUGCCCCAAGAAGGACCGUGAGCUGUGGAAAUCUUUGGACAGGAUCUGCCGGCAGCUCAUCUACCACCUCACCCCUCACUCCAAGCGGCAGCGAGGGGCCAGCCUAGCCCAGAGGAAGGCACAGAGCUGCUUCAAGAAGACCCCGCCAGCUGCAGGGGAGACUGUGUACGUUCUAGCAUCCUGCUGUCGGCGCACGACCCUGGGCAGCCACGGCGCUGGGAUGGCAGUGCUGGACCUCAGCUUCACAGAACUGAGUGAUGAGCUGCUGUGCCUGCCUCUCCCAGCAGGCAACUGGCUGACGCGAGCCACUGCCCGCCAGCUCACCGAGGGUACAGCCAAGUUCCGGGUAGACCUGGAUAACAAUAUGGACGUGGCCUCCCUGUCCCAGCCCCUACUGGUUGGCCUGUGCCAGUGGCUGAGCCAGCGCACCUUACUCCCCAUCGACUACGAGGGCCUGGACCUGGAGCCGGGGGUUGAGGGGGUGCUGAGACCAGAGCUACCACUCUGGGGCUCUGCAGUGGUGGAGCCGGGGCCUGAGCCCCAGGCCUGCUGUGCCAGGUGACCCGCCGUCUGCCUGGGUCACUGCCGAUGACCGAUGCUCUCAAGCGCAUAGGACAGUGGAUGACGGAGGCCUGGGAGGCCCCCGCCCCCAACCAGGCCCCCAGAGAGCCAGUGCAAAUGGUCCUCCUGGGAUUAAGGGGACAGAAGAAGAAUGGGCGCUCCCAGCAGGAAGGGUGCCGGCACUCAGGUCAGACCUCCCAAUAAAAGGGUGAUGCC